AUGGAUUCAUUACCAGAUCUCAUUGUGAGAAGCAUCCUCGAUGAACUUGGUGACAACCAACCUGAUCAGAUAUUUGACCAACUCUGCUUGGGACUGUCAUCUAAACAUUUGUUCCGAGUGUAUUCAAAUAGACGAUGCAAUGUGGAGGUCAACAACUCGAGGUGGCACUUUAAGGCCUCUUCCAUCACACCAGGCAUGCUACCACCUCAACUCAGAUCACUCACGCUUGGCAAGCAUUUCAAUCAACUUCUCGCACCUGGCACAUUGCCAAGCUCUUUAACAUCGUUGGAGUUUGGAAAGUCGUUCAAUCGCAUAAUCAAUCUGAAUGUAUUGCCUCCUUCAUUGGCGACGAUAUACUUUGGCCUUAUAUUCAAUCGAUCGAUCGUCCCCGGUUCUCUUCCCGACUCGCUCACGAACAUCACCUUUGGUCCGGGCUUUAAUUGCCAGUUGCAACCUGGCAUGUUGCCUCCAUAUCUACUCAAUCUACAGCUGAAUGGCUAUGACAAGCCCUUGGAGCCGGGCACUCUCCCCUCAUCAAUCACCAAGUUGGAGCUGGGCAAGCAGUUCAAACAGGUGCUCCAACCUGGAUCCCUACCCAAGUCCCUCACCAGCAUUAACUUUGGCGGCUACAAAUCUGAGCUCAAGAAUGAUCUCCUCCCGCCCUCACUCUUAUCAUUGACUAUGGAUCGCUAUAACAACCCGAUCAUGCCUGGUACUCUGCCCCACGGGCUUACAUACUUGGACUUGGGCGCAUACUAUGAUCACCCAUUUGAGGAGGGCACUCUCCCUUCGACCAUCAUCACACUCAAGUUGAGCAAGUCCUACAGUGAGCAACUCAAGUCAAGCACGCUGCCCACAUCACUACUCACUCUAGUCAUGGGCAAUCGAUACGAUGAUCGAUUGAGCAAUGAAUCUUUGCCGCCACUUCUCACUAGUUUGACCCUUAGUUGUUCAUUUGGAGGGACUAUUGAUUUGGGCGAUAUUCCCUGCUUGACUGACCUCAAGUUUGGCUCGGACUAUGACGAGGAGAUUGAUGCCGCUGUGUUACCAACGAACCUGACCUCUCUCACUUUUGGCUAUUCAUUCAACUCACAUAUCAAGGGCAAGCUCCCAUCAACUUUGGUCACACUAUUAUUUGGAUACUCCUUCAACAGGGCAUUGCCAUCUCGAUUCUUCCCGAACUCGCUCACAGACCUCAAGUUUGGCGCAAAGUUCAAUCGAGCGAUCAAACCCAAGACCCUCCCCGAAUCACUCACGAGUCUAGAGUUUGGCGAGUUCUUUGAAAAGGAGUACUUGGCCAAGGCGUAUCCAGGGCGACUCCACUCACUCUCAUUGCCAAAGCAGAUGUGGGAUUCAAUCCCGCCCUCAGUCCAAGUGCUGAGAUUCCAGUUGGCUCAGAACAAGAAGACUAGUAUUAACCAUGUACUAUGUCUUGUACAGUAUACUGGUGACCAUGCACAGAAUACCUACUUCAAAUAUCUGGACCUCUCUAAUCAACUCUCAUCUGAUGAGUCUGAGGCAGAGUAA